CCACAAUGUCCGGACGAAAGAUUCGUUGCGACACGACGUGCACGGAGAUUCAACCUCGCCGUUGCUGCUGUGGCAGGAGGUCGGGGUCGGCGGACCUCAGCCUCCGCCUGCUGGUGCUCCGGCCUGGAGAGGUAGUGGACUCGGUACUUCUACUCUCGGGGAGUCUUGUGCAAGCAGCGCGGCACCGCCGAUCACGGGUGGUGGUGUGUGCGACUACGCAGCGUUGGUCGAGCGUCAAAUGAAGCCAGACACGUUCUUAUAUCCUGGCCGGAGUGGUGGAUCCUCUGGCUCUGCUCUGUCGGGAUUUGUCACGCCACGGGGACGGGGCACUACUUCCGAC